AUGGCUGGGCUUUUAAAGGGCCCGGGGGGGCACUUAGGGGGAUCGGCAACAGCUCGGCGAGGGGGCGAUUAUGCUCGGCGUUGUGAUUUUUUGAACACCGCUGAUCAAAUGAAGCGACCUUUGGUUUUGGAGCAACCCUUUGCCGGUAACGAGUGGCCACCGCAACCCCCCGAAAUGAGUGACACCGCGUCACCAGAUGUGGCAGACGAAGAUGGACUUGGGGUUAUGUUAGCGGGGGAAAACCACAAAAAUGUGCCUCAAACCCCCAACCCAAAAACCUGUACCCCUGUAGAAGUCGGAGAUAUUGAUACUGGGCAAGGUUUCUACUCACUGGACCGAAUUUUAGAAGUUGAUGAUGAUGUUUGUGGUGGCCUUGACUAUGCUUUCCUCCUACGAGAUAAAGAUAUACGCAAUUGUGCAGUCCUAUGCAACACAGCGCCCGAUUUACUCCUUAUUCUAUAUCUUCAGAUGCUCUAUCAAAAGACAUCGGGCAUUUUGCGGCAGUACACACAAGCGGUACUUCAAAACAUACUCGUGUGUUGUUGUUCGUCUUUCUUGCCUGACCUACAGCUUCCCUCUGGCAAUCUUGUCACAGUGUUUGCAGACGCAUCAAAAUGGAAUGACAGAAUUGCAACCGAAUGUGCGUCGACGGGGCGGCGGUACACCUACGCGCAGUUGCUUGACCGCAUGGCUCGCUGGUCUGGCAUGCUGAGGAAGCUGGGCGUCGGCAGAGGAGACGUGGUCGCUGUGGCACUGCCCAACUGCCCCGAGUACCCCAUCGUGUACUUCGGCACCCUCGCCCUCGGAGCCACCGUCACCCCGGUCAAUAUCUCGUAUACGGCAGAGGAAAUCGCUCGCCAGCUGAAGGACAGCGACACCAAAGUCCUCGUGGGAGAUGCGCUUCUCUCCCCGACCCUCAGUGCCGCCCUCGACCUGCACCGGAAACCCACGCCUCUGAUCAUGAACGGCCUCCCUUCGAGUUCCAAGUCCAUCAGCCUCCGCCAGGUCCUGGAGGACCCUUCCGUCCCCUUCGUAGACCCUGUUGAAUUAACUGGGAAGGAGACAGCAAUGUUGCCAUAUUCGAGCGGCACGACAGGGAAUCCGAAGGGCGUGAUAGUGAGUCACAAUUCACUCACAGCCAACAUGACAAUAUUUCGCCAACUUUCCUCGGUUGAACAAACCACGGGCACGCAGCAAGACAUAUCCCUCGCUGUCGUGCCCUUUUCCCAUAUGUUUGGGUUCGGGUGUGGUAUGAUCUAUCUCCUACGUGAUGGGGUGAAGGUCGUCACUACACCCAGGUUUGAUUCCAAGACUUUUGUAGACUCCAUUUCUAAACACAAGGUGACGUUGCUCUACUCGGUGCCUCCGAUUCUAAACUUCCUGAAGGUGUCCCCAGCGGCGACUCCGGAAGCGCUCGGCAGCCUGAGAGCCAUCGUGAAUUCCGCUGCCCCGGCCGCCCCCUCCACCGUUGACUCCCUCAUGGACAAGCUCAGCCCGACAGCCGGCUUCCAAGAUGGUUACGGUAUGACGGAAUGUAACUUCUUAACGAUGGUUCCGUUUGGCGAAUCUCGUUCGGGAACCAUUGGGAAACUGCUGCCCAAUGUGAAGGCCAAGGUUAUCGAUACAGCCACGGGGGAACUGCUCGGCCCGCUUGAGGAUGGAGAGCUGUGUUUCAAAAGCCCGUCGGUUAUGGAUGGUUACUACAACAACGCCGCCGCCACCGCCAAGACCUUCGACGCGGAGGGUUGGCUGCGCUCCGGCGACGUCGGCCGCUACCACGAGGACGGCUUCUUCAGCAUCGUGGGUCGAACCAAGGAACUCAUUAAGGUCAAGGGCUUGCAGGUGUCCCCCUCGGAGCUCGAGGACGUCAUUCUACAACAUCCUGAGGUAGUGGACGCAGGCGUGGUGGGCGUGGAGCACGACAGGAUGGGGGAGGCUCCGAGGGCGUUCGUCGUCACCAGGAAGCGCAUCCCGGAAGAGGAAAUUCACAAGUUCCUGGAGCCGAGGGUCGCGCCGCACAAGAGGCUGGCGGGAGGCGUUUUCUUCGUCGAUCAGCUGCCAAGGUCUGCGGCGGGAAAACUUCUCAGGAAAGAACUCAAGAGUCUCAGAUGAAGUCUCCGGAGGCAGAUUUGGUUUCUUGGUUAAGUCCUGGCUUUUUAUUGUUUCAGGAUUACUCAGUUAAGGUUAAUGUCGAUUCCACUAUAUAUAUUUUUUCUGUAUGCCUUGAACGUUAAAUUACUGAAAUUC